UUUGUAUUUACAUUUGCACACCUUAGUAAUUAAAAAGGCAUAAUCCAAUAAUUCAAUAAUUGACAACAAUUGAAGACAAAAUGCGGUAUGCUCAAGUUGUGAUUGGUCCAGCUGGUUGUGGCAAAUCAACUUACUGCACAUAUAUGCAGCGACAUGCUCAAGACUCCAAACGUGCAAUUGAAGUGGUUAACUUGGAUCCAGCGGCAGAACAUUUUGAUUAUCAUCCGUUGGUGGAUAUUCGUGACUUAAUUCAAUUGGACGAUGCAAUGGAAGAUGAAGAGCUUCAUUAUGGUCCAAAUGGCGGCUUAGUAUUUUGUCUGGAAUACUUAAUACAGAAUCAAGAUUGGUUAAAAUCGCAAUUAUGUGGUGCAGAUGAUUCUGACAAUGAAAUUGGCGGAGAACCAGAUGAUGAUUACAUACUAUUCGAUAUGCCAGGCCAAAUAGAGCUUUUUACUCACUUAUCAAUGGGCAAACAGUUAGUACAAUUGUUAGAAUCCUGGAAUUUCCGCAUUUGUACAGUAUUUCUAGUCGACUCGCAAUUCAUGGUGGACGGAGCUAAAUUUUUAUCGGGCACUAUGGCUGCUCUUAGUGUAAUGGCAAACAUGGAAAUGCCGCAUGUAAAUAUAUUAAGUAAAAUGGAUUUGCUCAGUAAAACAGCACGUAAACAGCUUGAUAACUAUUUGGAUCCAGAUCCGAAAGCUUUGUUGGGAGAUGUGGCGCAAUAUUCGUCUUGGGGACGAACGUAUCGUAAGCUUUCUGAGGCAAUUGGAAGUUUAAUUGAGGACUUCAGUUUAGUAAGAUUCGUUCCGUUGAACAUUGACGAUGAAGAAAGUAUUCAGGACUUGCUUCUACAGAUCGACAACGUAAUACAAUAUGGAGAAGAUGCUGACGUGAAAAUACGUGACUUUGAUCCCCCAGAGGAAGAAGAAAAUGAAAUUUUGGAUUCAAAAAUUCUUUAACGUCAAUGCUAUUUUAAUUAUCUCUUUUGUAAUUAAUAAUUUUUCUAUUUUGUUUAUUUUCUUUUUUAAUAAGAUAUACCAUAA